UCCUGAUUUUUUUCUUUCUCUCCCAUUAUACUCUAGUUCCAACGUGCCUUCCACGCGCUGGUAUUCACGAUGAGCAUGGCAGAUAGAGAUGUGAAGGUGUCCUCGCCAGAUGUGAGGACCGAGACAGACUCAAUGGCCUCGAAGACGAACGAUGAUGGCAUUGUCCUUGUCCCCCAACCAAGCGAUGAUCUAGAGGAUCCAUUGAAUUGGCCGAUGUUCAAAAAGCUGUCUGUGUUCACCGCCGUCUGCUUGGCUGGCUUUGCAGCUCAGAUGUCGCCCAACUCUAACCAGCUUACGUUUAUGGAACAAGUCCCCACGUAUCACAGCACGCCAGCGGCUCUGCUCAAUUCUGUUGCCGCUGGCCUUGCAGGCUGGGUUGCUGGUCCCUUCUUUUUUAUCCCACUUGUGGCCGUCAUCGGUCGCAGCGCCGUCAUUCUUUGGAGUCUGGUGGCUAUCUUUGCCUGCCAGAUCUGGGCGGGCGAGAUGACCGGACCAGAUGACUAUAUUUCUUUCACUAUCUCGCGUCUCAUUUGCGGACUUUUUGGUGGUAUUCCAGCCAUCCUAGGCAGUGGGUAUAUCAUGGACAUGUUCUUUUUGCACCAGCGUGGCAAGGCGUUUGCCGUCUUCGAGGUCCUAAUCAUCUUUGCGGUUGUCGGCGGCGGUACCCUCGGCGGAUUCAUUUGUGAGACAAACCCCUGGGACUAUGUGUUCUGGUGGACUCUCGGCCCUGUCGGCGCUGCAAUCGUCACUGUUUUCCUCUUCGUUGAAGAUACCACGUAUUCUCGUGAUCCCACUAGGCCCAAUCGUGAUCCUCUUCCCAAAGGCUGGCUCGCAAAGCGUGUGGCCACCUUCCUACCCGGCACGAAAACACAGCCUGCCGACAAGGGCAAGGAAAUGAUCCGCCGCGCAAUUAUCCCUUUUCAGAUCACAUUCUCUCCUAUCACUCUUUUAACGGGAACGUACAUUUUCGUUGCCCUCGGUCUUCCCAUUAUGCAAGCCUCCACACUCGCAACCUACCUGCAGCCCCCUGUUGAAGAAGGCGGCUAUGGCUUCUCCUCGCUGCAAAUGGCCUUCUUUACCAUGACUGCCUGGGUCGGCAUCAUAGCCGCCCAGGUCUAUGGGUACUUCUUCAACGACAAGAUCCCACUCAUGCUAGCCCGUCGCCGCGGCGGCACCUGGCACACCGAAUACCGCCUGGCCAAUACCAUUCUCCCGAGCAUCAUUCUUCCCAUCGGAUUGGCAAUCUAUGGCGCCGGUCUGGAGUACCACCUGCACUAUAUGGUUCUGGCACUGGCUGGAUUCUUGAUCUGGUUUGGCGCUCUGUUGGCCCUCCCCGUCUGCUAUAACUAUAUCAUUGAGUGUUUCCUGCAUAACCCCGUCGAGGCAUCGGUUUCACUCAAUGCAUACCGAGUCUCAUUCGGCCUGAUGUCUGUCUUUAUUGUGACCCAGUGGCAGGCUGCAGUUGGUACCGGCUGGAUGUGGGGCAUGGGCGCUUUCUUCAUUCUCUUCGUUGAUCUCAUCAUGGCGGGUAUCAUUCUCAAGGGCCACUUGGUUCGUGAGUGGACUAAAUCUGUGAGCAGCACCAUUGGUGUCACCGAGGACGGUGCUAGAAUCAGUGCUGGUGUCUCAAAUUCCGCGUGAUUUACGCUUUUGCUGCGUCCAUUCAGGGAGUCGGUUGCUUCAGUCUUCCUGCAAUGUAGAUCGAUUUAUCUCAUACAUUACGUGUUAGUAUCACCGGCUCGGUACUGUAUACACAGUUAAGUGGACAGCAUAUAUUCUCCAAAAGCAGAAAGUAAAUUGAUUGAUGUAGAUGUAGAUUCUCCAGUCCUCAUCCGAGGCCCUUGAAUCCAUACGGCGGGAGUCGCGGCUUAGCAAGAUUAUGUAGAAUAUGUUUUUGCUAAUUCUGACGGGAGGAUAUGUCCCCACAUUAAGCAAGUUUCACUUCUGAUGGCGUUUGCUUCAAUUUGGGGGUGGCGGAACGUUCAUAGCCGCUUUUACGUCUGUGUUGUUUCGUUUUCAAUGUUUCUGCUACCUGAAGCUUCGCCUAUGUGAACCUAUUUACUUUUGAUGCUUCAAACCCUUACUUUAUCCCUCGAUUUUGAUAGUUUUAGUUUGUGUAACGACCUCCAAAUGUGGAC